AACCAUGGUCUACUUGGAAUGCACUAAUGCUGACAUCGGAAUACUGCUGUUGCUAAUACUGCAAUUUUCAUAGUCGCUCGCACUCGCUGGAUCUCGUAUUCUCGCUCCGUCAACUCGUUGAUUUACCCUCCGAGUUCACUCACGAGUCGCAUCUUCCUUACUCUCAACUUCUUCUCUUUCGAAUUAGGGUUUCUCUCACCUAAAUUCCUGCACCAAUUUCUACUUCGAUUAAGUGAUCGAUCAAUAGGUUUUUUUUUGAGGAAUUUGGGACUUGAAUUGUGCUUUUUCUUUGGGAAGCAUGAAUUACAUCCUUGGAGCUUUCAAGCCUGCCUGUCAUAUUUCAAUUACAUUCGCUGACGAAAAAAAUCGGAAGAAGGUUCCAAUCAAGAAAGAAAAUGGUCAAACUGUCAUGGUUCCGCUCUUCCAAAGUCAAGAGAACAUUGUUGGCAAGAUAUCCGUAGAGCCAGUUCAAGGGAAGAAAAUUGAGCACAAUGGCAUAAAAGUGGAGCUCCUUGGACAAAUAGAGAUGUAUUUUGACAGGGGAAACUUCUAUGACUUCACCUCUCUAGUUCGUGAAUUAGAUGUCCCUGGUGAAAUAUAUGAAAGAAAAACUUAUCCCUUCGAAUUUUCCACUGUUGAAAUGCCGUAUGAAACAUAUAAUGGGGUGAAUGUGAGACUUAGGUAUGUCCUCAAAGUAACAAUCAGUCGUGGUUAUGCUGGAAGUAUAAUCGAGUACCAUGACUUUGUGGUUCGCAACUAUUCUCCUCUUCCAUCAAUAAACAAUAGCAUCAAGAUGGAAGUUGGAAUUGAGGAUUGCCUACACAUUGAGUUUGAAUACAAUAAAAGCAAGUACCAUCUGAAGGAUGUUAUUAUAGGAAAGAUAUAUUUUCUUCUGGUAAGAAUCAAGAUAAAAAAUAUGGAUCUUGAGAUUAGGCGUCGGGAAUCCACUGGUUCUGGUGCAAACACUCACGUGGAGACAGAGACACUUGCCAAAUUUGAGUUGAUGGAUGGGGCUCCAGUUAGAGGUGAAUCAAUUCCUCUUCGACUGUUCUUAAGUCCAUACGAGCUCACCCCUACACAUCGCAACAUCAAUAACAAAUUUAGCGUCAAAUAUUACCUCAAUCUUGUUCUUGUUGAUGAAGAGGAUCGUCGGUAUUUCAAGCAACAGGAGAUCACUUUAUACCGCCUUGCUGAGAACUCUAGUUAGCUAUCUUUGGUUUAAUUAAUUGCCAUGAUAAGCUAAGGUCAUUCACUGAUUCUGGGUAUGUAGGGAGACAUCUAUUCCAAAUUCUCUGGCAGAGUGGAACGAGUGCUCUCUUUUUCUGGAAAGGGUUUGGUCUUGUGCUGUCAUUUCGACCUUUUUUUUUCUUUUUAAAUUUUAAACUUGAUGAUUAUGUCAGUAUAAUCUUGCUUGUACAUCAUGUGUUGGUUGUUUGAUGGUUUAAUAUCAUAUGUGGUCUUGAUAAUGUAUCCCCAAAUUUUCUUCUUGUCAGAUUUGUAUUCUGAAACCUAAUUGCAACUUGUUAAUAUCUUCUA